ACCGUGGUCACUGACAUGGACGGAACCUUGCUCCGAGGAAGAAGCUCAUUUCCUUACUUUGCACUUGUUGCUUUCGAAGUUGGUGGUGUGUUAAGGCUUCUCUUCUUGCUCUUGGCCUCUCCACUAGCUGGACUUCUCUACUACUUCAUUUCGGAGUCUGCAGGGAUUCGAGUUCUCAUCUUUGCAACGUUUGCCGGCAUGACGGUGGCAGAUAUCGAGUCAGUGGCGCGUGCUGUGCUGCCUAAGUUCUACUCCAGUGACUUGCAUCCCGAGGCGUGGCGCGUGUUCUCGUCGUGUGGGAGGAGGUGUGUGCUCACCGCGAAUCCGAGGGUUAUGGUGGAGGCGUUCUUGAAGGACUAUUUAGGUGCAGACAUGGUUUUAGGUACUGAGAUUGGGGUGUAUAAAGGUAGAGCUACUGGUCUGGUGUGCGCUCCUGGAAUAGUUGUUGGGAAGAACAAGGCUCAGGCUCUCAAUAAGGCUUUUAGUGAUGCAUGUAUGCCAGAGAUUGGACUUGGUGAUAGGAAAACUGAUGCCCCCUUCAUGAAACUAUGCAAGGAGGGUUACAUGGUUCCAGCCAAGCCAGAAGUGGAGACAGUGAGCCAAGACAGGUUGCCAAAGCCCAUAGUCUUCCAUGACGGCCGGCUUGUGGCGAAACCAAGUCCUCUCAUGGCCCUUCUCACCAUCCUCUGGAUCCCAGUAGGCUUCCUCUUAGCCUGCCUGCGCAUAGCCGCCGGUGCACUCCUCCCAAUGCCACUCGUCUACUACGCCUUCUUGGCACUCGGAGUCCGAGUCACCAUCAAAGGCACCCCACCUCCCCCGGCAAAGAAAUCCACCGGCCAAACCGGAAACCUAUUCGUUUGCUCUCACCGGACCCUCCUCGACCCCAUCUUCCUCUCCACCGCCCUUGGCCGGCCAAUCCCCGCCGUCACAUACUCCCUUUCAAGACUCUCAGAGAUCAUAUCACCAAUCAAAACAGUGCGGCUCAGUCGCGACCGCAUCAGGGACGCAAACAUGAUCAAGAAGCUCUUAGAAGAAGGCGACCUAGUCAUAUGCCCUGAAGGGACAACAUGCAGAGAACCAUUUUUGCUUCGAUUUUCGGCCUUGUUUGCCGAGCUAACUGAUCAACUAGUGCCAGUGGCUAUGAUCAAUAAGAUGAGCAUGUUUCAUGGGACAACAGCUAGGGGAUGGAAAGGGAUGGAUCCAUUUUACUUCUUCAUGAACCCUAGUCCUGCAUAUGAAGUCACAUUCUUGAAUAAAUUGCCAAACGAGUUGACAUGUAGUGGAGGAAAAUCAAGCCAUGAUGUUGCAAAUUACAUACAGAGGAUGAUCGCCGCGACAUUGUCCUACGAGUGCACCGGCUUCACUAGGAAGGAUAAGUACCGGGCAUUGGCCGGAAAUGAUGGUACAGUGACGGAAAAGCCUAGACUUGAAGCCAACAAAGUCAUGGGCUGCUAG